UAGUUGCGUAGUAUCAGUAAUUCCUUCGUUACGUAAUGAUAUUUUAGUUGGUGAUCGUAUGUCCUGGUCACACUACUUUUGAAUAUCAAAGUAAUUGCAGUUUCGGGGUACAGCAUGUUAAUAAGGACGCGGUGAUAUCAAUUUGAAUUCGUAAUUCCUCAUUGUUAAUACAACAAUGCCCAGCGCGCGCAACGACAGUGGCUCCCUAAUCACUGUGCGGACGACAGGUCUAACAACUUAUAUCGUCAUUGAAAUCCCAGACGAUUCACUGACAAGGAAGUUUGAUUUUGAAAAUUUUGUUUCUACUGAUUUAAAACAUAGAAUGAGUGCCAAAGCUAACGCAAAGUCGUUAUCACGUAACAAUUUGGAUAAUGCGACAUCUACAAGGAAAGCAAUAUUCACCGUUGGUUUAAUAUUUUUCACCUCUCUAGUGGCCUUAUUUUAUGUGUACACGAGUUUUCCAGAAUUAGCAGAGGAUGAGAAACAAGAUUUGAAGCUACCUUUUGACAUUGAAGAUGCCAAAAGUCUUGGUAGACUUCUGGAUAGGUACAAGGAAAAAUACUACUUCCAAGUACUAGCUGGUCUCUUCAUUACAUACAUUUUUUUGCAGACAUUUGCCAUCCCAGGAUCAAUAUUUCUUUCUAUUCUUUCCGGAUUUUUGUUUCCGUUCCCACUGGCAUUGAUACUAGUCUGUAGUUGCAGCGCUAUUGGAGCAACUCUGUGUUACCUUCUCUCUUCUAUAUUGGGUACAAGAUUAUUGUACAAAUAUUUUCCUGAGAAAGCAAAUGAGUGGGCAGUUACCGUCACCAAACAUCAAGAUAAUCUAUUGAGUUACAUGCUUUUCCUGAGAAUGACACCGCUUCUACCAAAUUGGUUCAUAAAUUUGGCCAGUCCAGUAAUUGGUGUACCUAUGAUGCCAUUUACGAUAGGCACAUUUUUUGGCGUUGCUCCACCAUCGUUCGUUGCUAUACAAGCAGGUCAGACUUUACACAAAUUAACCUCAUCUAGGGAUGCCUUUUCUUGGGGCAGUAUGGUCAUACUUUGUUUCUUUGCGCUUUUGUCUUUAGUACCGGUUUUACUGAAGCAGAAGUUUAGACAGAAGUUUGACUAAGUUAGAGAAAUUUUUUUUAAUAUGCAUUCCUAUAUUAUUACAUAAUUAAUUAUACAAACUCAAAUAGUUAGUCAAAAUUUCUAGCCCUCCCACGUCAUCAAAAACUUAGAGAUUCAUCUCAGGCAUCUGACAAAUAUGAUGUUAUUCGAUACUCUUGCUAAACGAUUUUGUUGCUCUAUAUCAACGAGCUUUUGUGUCACAAUCUGUUGUUUGUUUUAUUCUUAUAAGAAUCACGUGCUGGUAUCUCAGUGUUAUCUUCACUUAAACCAAUGGCUUGUUGCCAUAUCUUGCCUACCGUUCAGCAAGAAUCUCACAUUACUAAACCGUUUAUAAUUCAUAUUUUCUUUCCUACCAAGUCAUUGCCGUAUCAUUUCGUAUGAUCUUUCAUUUCCAUUAAUUUACGAAUGGUUUGCAGUUCAGUUGAACGUUUUUUUCUAUGAAAUUGGGACCCCUAUUGAAUCGCGUCUUGUUGUAUUAAUUCUUUUAACGAGCACAUAAGUGCGAUGUAGAAAGUUAUUAUUUAUUAAAUAGAUAGUCUUUAAGUUAUUGCAAAGGGUGAGCUAUUCACUGACUGAGUCAGUAUCACAUGGUCUGAUCGUGCAUUAUUCUGUUUAACAGAAGAUCUAUAAUGUAUUCUAAUAAAGCUCGACCAGUUAAAAGAAUUGAAGUUAGUGUUCAUUUAGUGUUGAAUUUUGUAUUAGCCACUAAGCGGAGUUGAUCGUAUGCUAUCAUUCAUUAUCUGCAAUUCCCAUUUACGUAGCGAAUAAUUUUCCGAUUGAAUGAUUUUUCUUGGAUGAAAACCACUUAUUCAGAGGUUCAUUCUAAUCGAUUGAUCUCGCGUUACGGGUCGUUACUCAUUGCAGUUGAAAUUCCGCACCAGAAACAACGUAUUAUUAUAGACUACACGUUAUAUUUAAAUCUCCGUUGAUCUUGAUAUAUUUGUAAAUACGUCGCGGUUGGAAUGUGCAUGUGGUGAUAGGAUAAUGUAUUGUUCUUGUGUUGAAUAAAAAUAAGAUGAAAGGUA